AAAAGUCUUUAACGAUCUGUGAGACUGCAAGAGAAGGGGAUCGGCCACCUUUAACGAUCUGUGAGACUACAAGAGAAGGGGAUCGGCCAGGCCCAGGUGGGAGAGCCAGCGUUGGACUUGUGAAGGAUUCUGCUUCAACAAUCGACUUCAGCCUGUUUUUCUUGAUCCUCCGUAGGACCGUAGCUUGGUUUCGAUCACCAGUCGAUUUGCCGAGGUUAGGAGCUACUCGAUUUUGCUUUCGUUUCAAACCGGAAGAAGCUAAUAAGAAGAGCUUCCUAAUGAAAUGUAAAUAGUCAGAUACAGGAGAGGGUUGUCCAGAUUGUAGGUAGAUACAUACCAAACAUGCAUGAUUGGACUGCACAUUUAUACUGAAUAUGUUAAGGAUGCCAAAACAUGCAUAAAGAUGUGGUUUCUGUUGCCGAUAUGGAAGACAUGCUUGAUGGUGCUGAUAUGGACAAUUCAUCAGGUGCCGGUACAUCAUACUACAAAAGAAAAAUCAAGGAUUAUGGCAGGUUAUCAAGAUGCCGGAAACUUGCCUGUUGAGGAACCAACUUCUUCUCCAAUAGCAUCUCUUCCCAAUGAGUCUAGGCUUCCUAAUCCUCUGCUGACCGAUGGAAAAACUGAUAUCAAACAUCAUCAGGAAGUAGACACCAAGCAUUCAGAAGAAGGGGUGACUGGUCUAUCCUUGAAUGCACAGUCACCUACCUCACAGAACUCAAUUGAACCAGGGUCUGCUCUGGAGAAUGCAGUGAUUUCUUCAUUCGAAUUUCAUUGCUCUUCAUCUCCUGAUCUAUCACAAAUUCAAAAAGUCAAGCAGGAUAAUACUCUAUCUCAACAUGAAGAUCAAAGCCACAUUCAAGAUGGUGUGGUAAAAAUCCCAGAAGAGGGGGUAGCUGCAACGCAUAAACAUCACGAAAUAUGUUGUGCUGAUGUUCAGACGAAAGAAGCUCAAAUCAAUGAUGAUGCUACUGCAAGUGUUGGUAACAAAAUUGCUUCUUUGCCAUCUGAAAAAUAUCAGCCUGUUAGAGGUGUCGCCUCAAAGGGAAUGGAAGAAACUAUAUCAAGUCAAAUUGAAGGUGAAAGUCCAGCUGGAGUUGCUAAUGCUCAAACCAAUAAAAGUUCUAAUGUUGAAGAGAAUGGUAAGAUAGAAGAUAUUGCACCUUUUAAACCCACUGGUCAUCAUCUGCACAAUCAUGUGGAAGCCCAAAAUAUGAAAAUAAAAGCAUUAGAUUCAGCUGUUUCUUCUGAAGAAGUAAAGAAAGUGAGUGAAAAUAGAGGGUUUGUUGACACUACAACACCUUUUGAAUCGGUUAAGGAGGCAGUGACAAAAUUUGGUGGUAUUGUUGAUUGGAAAGCUCACAAAGCUCUGACUAUCGAGAAACGCAAGCAUUUUCUUCAUGAACUUGAGAAGGUGCAAGAAGAGCUUCCCAUGUACAGAAAACAAUCUGAGGACGCUGAAGUUGCUAAAGCUGAAGUACUGAAGAAACUCGAGACUACAAGGCGACUAGUUGAAGAGCUAAAGUUGAACAUAGAGAGAGCACAAACUGACGCAGCACAGGCAACCCAGGAUGCAGAACUUGCCCAGCUUCGAGCAAAAGAGAUGGAGGAUGGUAUUGCUGAUGAUGCAAGUGUUGCAGCUAAAAGACAGCUUGAGGUUGCCCAAGCAAGGCAUGAAGCAGCUGUUGCAGACCUAAAAUUCGUGAAAGAGGAGUUAGCUGCCCUUCAAGGGCAAUGUUCUUCUUUAGUUCGUGAAAGAGACCUUGCAAUUAGAAGAGCUGAUGAGGCUGCUUCUGCUUCUAAGGAAAUGGAGAAAGCAGUGGAGGACUUAACAAUGGAGCUCAUCUUCACAAAAGAAUCACUUGAUUCCGCCCAUGCUGCACAUAUUGAGGCUGAAGAGCAUCGAAUUGGUGCAGCUCUGGCAAAAGAUCAAGAUUGCCUUAAUUGGGACAAGGAAAUAAAGCAAUCUGAAGAAGAGUUGCGUAUGCUCAAUGAACAGCUUUUGCAGGCAAAGAAUCUCAAGACAAAUUUAGAAACAGCAUCCAGUUUGUUGGAUGAUCUGAAAAAGGAAUUGGCCGCAUAUAUGGAGUCCAAAUUGAAAGAACAGUCAGAAAGUUUUGAAGAAAUGCAGUCCAAAGAUGUUGUGGACCAAUCAAAAGGAUUUCAAUUGGCUUUAGAUUCCAAAAGAAAGGAGCUCGAGGAGGUAAAGGCUAACAUCGAGAAGGCCAAAAAUGAAAUUAACAUCCUAAGAGUAGCUGAGUCAUCACUCAAGUCUGAGCUCGAGAGGGAAAAAACAGACCUUGCCUCCAUGAGACAGAGGGAAGGAAUGGCAUCCAUAGCUGUUUCGUCACUUGAAGCUGAGAUUGAAAGAACAAAAGAAGAAAUAAAACAUGUUAUGGAUAAGGAAAAGGAAGCAAGGGAAAAGAUGGUGGAGCUUCCAAAAUUGCUUCAACAGGCAGCUCUGGAAGCAGAUCAAUUCAAGUCAUCAGUUAAGAUGGCACGAGAAGAGCUAAGAAAAGUCAGUGAAGAAGCAGAACAAGCUAAAGCUACUCUGAGCACCACAGAGAUCAGAAUGCAAGCAACUUUAAAGGAAAUCGAAGCCUCCAGAGCAUCCGAAAGGCUGGCACUUGCAGCUGUUAAGGCUCUGCAUGAGAGUGAGGAGGCUGCUUCCAUGGGAGAGUCUCCUCGAGGAGUAACACUUCCUCUUGAGGAGUACUACGCUCUGAGCAAGAGUGCCCAUGAAGUUGAGGAACUUGCUAAUGAAAGAGUCGCUAUUGCUAUCUCUCAAAUCCAGGCGGCUAAGGAGUCUGAGUUAAGGAGUAUACAGAGAUUGGAAGAAGCAUAUGGGGAAAUGAAUAAAAAAAAAGAAGCAAUGAAACUUGCAACUGAGAAAGCUGUCAAAGCCAAUGAAGGAAAACUUGGGGUUGAACAGGAGCUGAGAAAAUGGAGGGCCGAGCAUGAGCAGCAGAGGAAAGCCGGCGACGGCAGCAGUAAUGCUCCAAAUCCUUCAAGAACUCCAGCAAGGAGCUUCAAUGAUAGCCUCCAAACAAGAACCAGCCAAGCAGCUGCUACUGUUUCUACUGAUAUUAUUCAUCCUUCUCCAGGCCAAAUGAUUUACAUGUCAGCUAAUAAAAUGGAGCAUGUGUUACCAGAGUUCAAGCCAAGGAAGAAGUCUUUUUUUCCUCGUAUAGUAAUGUUCUUAGUGAGAAGAAGGUCAAAAUCACGGAAAUAACUAAAUCACUUGUUGAAAUAUAUCUUUUUUGUAUUCAUAUUAUGUUUAGAGCACCAGUUGUAUAUGUCAGAAAGGUGGAUAAUGCAAUGUUGCCUUAUAUUUAUCUUUGCCAAAGUUUAAAUGAUUGGAGAGUAUAGUUGUAAGCUCCUUGUGAGACCAGAAUACAAAUUUGUGCAAGAGAUUUGUUUGAAUCA